AAGACUGAAACGUAAAAUUGUGCAUCACUGUGAAAACUGAAAACAUUGUAAGAAAAUUCUUGUUGCUAUAAUUUACCAUAGCCACAAAGUUCCAAAAAUUUAAUAAUAAAAAAAGAAGAAGCAUUGAAUGGUAAUGGAUGAGAGAGGUGGAAAUAGCAACACAAGGCUCCUCCAUGAAGAUGGUGGUGAUUUAGAAAGGAAUAGUGAAAGGCCAAAAGAACCUUGGAGAGGAGAAUAUGUAAAGAGCAUAGUUUAUGGAGGGCUUGAUGCCAUCAUCACAUGCUUUUCUCUCAUUUCCUCUAUCUCAGCCAGUAGUAGUUCAUCUGGGAAUGUGUUGGUUCUUGGUUUUGCAAACCUAGUAGCAGAUGCAAUAUCAAUGGGGUUUGGAGACAUAGUGUCCGCUAGCUCUGAGCGGGAUGUCAUUAUUGAGGAAAGGAGAGUUACAGAAUGGGAUGUUUUGAAUAGUAGGGGAAAUGAACAAAGAGAGUUAGUUCGUUACUAUCAAUCUCUUGGGAUGGAGUACAACGAUGCAACCACGGUUGUGAACAUAUUUACAAAAUACAAUGACGUACUAGUGGACCAAAGAAUGGCAGCUGACAAAGGAAUUCUACCAGCAGACCAAGAAGUGAAACCUUGGAAGAAUGGCCUUAUCACAUUUGCAUCCUUCAUGCUCUUUGGCUCAAUACCUCUGCUAUCUUUCAUCAUCCUUAUACCAUUUACAGACAAUGAUUCGGUUAAGUUCGCCGGUGCUUGCCUUGUUUCAGCACUUGGACUUGCUCUUCUUGGCGUGGCAAGGGCAAGAAUUGCUGGUCAAAACAUGAUGCUCACCACAGCUAUUACUCUUUUCAGUGGUGUCAUAGCAGGAGCUGCAGCUUAUUUAGUAGGAUGGUUGCUAAAGCAUAUUGCUGGACUAGAAGGUUAAUAAACUAUGGCUAGCUGAAUUAGUAGCAAUGAAGGUAAUAGGGUGUGAUUAGCAAUACCAUCUUUCUGAUGAUGUAUAACCUUGCCUAAUCACCUUGGACAAAGUCCAAAUUUUGUACAUGUCUAAUAUCUAUCUUUUUAGGCAGGUUAUAAAUACACUUGAAAACUUAUCAUAGUUGUAACUAGUUUUCCAAAAAUCUAAUGUAUGCUAGGAAAUA